GUUUUUGUGGAUUAACAGAAUUUAGUCCACAGCAAACAUUCACUUCGGGAAGGAAAGGGUUACGUUUUGUUACACUGUAGCCAGCUGACUGACCACGUGACUUUACGGAAGCAACAGUGUCAACAUCAUGCACGGACCCUGAGCUGUGCCUUGGAAAAAAAACAUCAAAAUGUUGCGUUAUUUCACCUUAUUGUUCAUAUUUGGAUGUGUGAGCAAAGUGCUGUGUCUUCAGAGUUCAUGUAGCGCAGAGCAGGAACCUCCAGGCCCGGAAAGAGCGGCGGGCUGCGGCUGUGAUAAGCUGACUAGAGACGCUUCAACUGUGGACCCCUUGGACGAGGAUGAGGGUAAAGCAGCUUCCACAGAUCCUGAUCUCAAAUACUCCAAAGACGCAAAUGACAGGACGAAUCAGGUGCAGGACAAUGAGCGGGAAACACAAAGUCCGAUGGUGCAGAUUUCUGGAGGGGAGUUCCUGAUGGGAACAGACAACCCAGGCAUCCCCCCAGACGGUGAGGGCCCCCAGAGAGUGGUGUAUGUGGACUCCUUCAACAUAGACAUCCAUGAAGUCACUAACCAACAGUUUCAGAGCUUCGUCCUUGCGACAGGAUAUGUGACUGAGGCAGAGAAAUUUGGAGACUCGUUUGUUUUUGAGGGACUUUUGAGUGAGCCAGUGAAAAGCCAAGUCACUCAAGCAGUGGCCGCUGCCCCUUGGUGGCUUCCAGUCAAAGGAGCCUCCUGGAGGCACCCUGAGGGCCCAGACUCCAACAUCACAGACAGGCUCCAUCAUCCUGUUUUGCAUGUCUCGUGGACAGAUGCUGUUGCCUACUGCUCCUGGGCUAACAAGAGACUCCCUACAGAAGCAGAGUGGGAGUAUGCCUGCAGGGGGGGCCUGAAAGACAGACUUUAUCCAUGGGGAAACAAGUUGAACCCAAAAGGACAACACUUUGCUAACCUCUGGCAGGGAGACUUCCCCACACACAACUCUGGAGAAGAUGGGUAUAUCAAAACUUCACCGGUGAUGUCCUUUCCUCCCAAUGCUUUUGGUCUGUACGACAUGGUGGGGAAUGCAUGGGAAUGGACAGCAGACUGGUGGACUGUGCAUCACACCACGGACCCGCAACGCAACCCAAUGGGGCCUCCCUCAGGCAAAGAUAAAGUGAAGAAGGGAGGGUCAUACAUGUGCCACAGGUCUUACUGUUACAGGUAUCGCUGUGCAGCAAGAAGCCAAAAUACACCGGACAGCUCAGCUUCUAAUCUUGGUUUUCGCUGUGUUUCUCAGGAGAAACGAUAAUCUCACCUGCUUGUCUUAAACACACUUUUACUGAAGCUGCUGCCUAAACCCAUUGUUGACUAUGCAGGAAGGACAUGCAACCUUUUACUGUGAUCUCAUUGCCAAACAUCUGAAAAUGAUGGACAGUAAAUCUUCUCUACUAUGAUAUAUGUUCAUAGGAUUCUCACCUUUUAUAGUUUUUCAGAUGUUUUCAUAAGAAACGAAUGGCAAAGCUUUCUCUGGCCACCUUUGAGUACUGGUGGGAAAAAAUAUUAAUAAUUCAAGUUACUGUACCUUUCACUGGAACAGAUUAGUGUGGUUUUUUUCUUGUUGCCAUUAUCAGCUAAAAGCUGGUUGUGCUGAAAGUAAAUCUUAAUGUACAGAAAAUGACUUUGCUGUAAAAUCAUUGUAGAAAAUUGUCCUUUUUUGCUCAAAAGCACUGUUUCAUACAUUUCCAUUAUA